AUGAGCAACCCGGGAGGAGAUCCAUCAUCGGAUGAACAGCGGCGUAUAUCAGACCUGUUUAAUACAGCAGCCGUUUUUCCCCAGCAGCAACCGCCUCAUAAUUUGCAUCAUCCACCAUCGCAAAAUGCUGCCCAAGCGUCAUCAUCGGCGUCAGCAUUCUCAGCAACAUCGGCGGAAGGGAACAUCAUUCUGGAAAUGCUGCAACUCAUGCGACAGCAAAUGGCACAGCAGCAAACAUUCAUGGCUCAAUUCGCGCAGCAAAUCCCGCAACCAGCAACGCAAACGCUGCACCCGCCACCCCCGCAAAGUAACACCACCGAACAGCGCAUAGAAUGGAUAGCAAGCAGCAUCACCGAGUUCCGGUUCGAGCCCGAGUCAGGCAUUACAUUUGAAGUGUGGUAUUCGAGAUAUGAGGACCGUUUUACCAACGAAGUUUCCCGAUUGGACGACUUAGAUACGGGUUCCGAUAUCACGAUCAUCAACCGUAAACUGUGGCAGCGUAUCGGAAAACCGACUUUGGCUCAGCCUGCAGUUAGAGCUAAAACAGCAACAGGAGAAGGCUUGCAAAUGUGCGGGGAGUUUCGAGCAAACAUCACGAUCGGAGGCAUAUCAAAGUCAGCUACAAUUCGAGUAGUAACGGUGGACGUUUCACUGUUCGGAGCGGACUUAAUAGAACUGUUCGAUCUGGGAUCAAUGCCGAUGGACAGUUUCUGCAACAAGAUUUGUAGUAUGGCAGCUAUACCCAGCGGCAUACAACAGCAGUUUCCAGCAGUUUUUCGUGGCACAGGGCUAUGCACAAAGGCUAAAGUGCAACUCCACUUAAAACACGACUGUCGACCAGUCUUCAAGCCCAAAAGACCAGUAGCGUAUGCGAUGCAAGAAACAGUGGAUAAGGAGCUAGAUCGCCUAGAAAAAUCAGGCAUUAUUACACCUACCGACUAUACAGAAUGGGCAGCUCCAAUAGUGGUAGUUCGCAAGGCAAAUGGUAGUAUUCGUAUUUGCGGCGACUACUCCACUGGACUAAAUUCCGCUCUUAAAUCGCACGAACAUCCACUACCAAUACCGGAAGAUAUAUUUGCAAAAUUAGCCCAUUGCGAAUAUUUCAGUAAAAUCGAUCUUUCGGACGCUUUUCUGCAAGUAGAAAUCGAGGAGCAGUAUCGGCCACUACUCACCAUCAACACUCAUCGCGGCUUGUAUUUAUACAACAGGCUGCCACCGGGAGUGAAAAUAGCGCCAGCAGCAUUUCAACAAAUCAUGGACGCUAUGUUGGCCGGUCUGAAGGGAGCUUGCGGAUACAUGGAUGAUGUGGUUGUUGGAGGCAGAACGAGCAAAGAACACGAUGACAAUUUGUCCGGGCUGCUUCAGCGAAUUCAGGAUUAUGGAUUCACAAUUCGAGCGGAAAAAUGUGCAUUCAAAACCACAAGCAUCGAAUAUUUGGGCUAUAUCGUCGAUCGGCAAGGUUUAAGACCAAAUCCAGCAAAAAUAGAAGCAAUCCUUAACCUUCCUGCACCAACAGAUGUGAGCGGUGUUCGCUCAUUUUUGGGCGCGAUUAAUUAUUAUGGGAAGUUCGUCCCAAAUAUGCGCAACCUUCGUUAUCCACUGGACAAUCUGUUGAAGAACGACGGCAAAUUCACCUGGAACCAGCAAUGCGAAAAUGUUUUUCGUAAAUUUAAACAAGUCCUAUCAUCAAACCUGCUUCUUACGCAUUACGAUCCUGCAGCGGACAUCAUUGUCGCAGCGGAUGCCUCAUCAGUGGGGCUUGGAGCAACAAUAAGCCACAAAUUUCCGGAUGGAUCAGUGAAGGUAGUUCAGCAUGCUUCACGAGCAUUGUCAAAGGCCGAACAGAACUACAGCCAAAUAGAUCGUGAGGGGUUAGCCAUCGUCUUUGCGGUCACAAAAUUCCAUAAAAUGCUGUACGGCCGACACUUCAACCUGCAAACCGAUCACCGGCCCCUGCUUCGUAUUUUUGGAUCAAAAAAGGGCAUUCCAGUCUACACGGCGAACCGUCUGCAGAGGUUUGCCUUGACGUUACAGUUGUAUGACUUUACAAUUGAGUACGUGCCAACUGGAUCGUUUGGAAACGCCGAUGUCUUGUCUCGACUGAUCAGGAAUUACGCUAAGCCGGAAUCGGAAUACAUCAUCGCUAGUUUGAGUUUGGAGGAUGAUUUAAGGUGUCUUAUUCCCAUUAACGGUGUUCACACGUAUGUAGAAACAGGCGAGAACUAG